CCCACGGCCGCCCGCCCGCCCGCCAGGCGCAAGCUGGACUUGUUCGCCAACGUGGUGCACGUGAAGAGCCUGCCCGGGUACAAAACGCGGCACAACAACCUGGACCUGGUGAUCAUCCGGGAGCAGACGGAGGGCGAGUACAGCUCCCUGGAGCACGAGAGCGCCAAGGGCGUCAUUGAGUGCCUGAAGAUCAUCACGCGGGCCAAGUCUCAGCGCAUCGCCAAGUUCGCCUUCGACUACGCCACCAAGCUGGGGCGCAACAAGGUCACGGCCGUGCACAAGGCCAACAUCAUGAAGCUGGGGGACGGGCUCUUCCUGCAGUGCUGCGAGGAGGUGUCCAAGCUCUACACCAAGAUCAAGUUCGACACCAUGAUCAUUGACAACUGCUGCAUGCAGCUAGUGCAGAACCCCUACCAGUUCGAUGUCCUGGUGAUGCCCAACCUGUACGGGAACAUCAUUGACAACCUGGCGGCCGGCUUGGUGGGCGGUGCUGGCGUGGUGCCCGGCGAGAGCUACAGCGCCGAGUAUGCCGUGUUCGAGAUGGGCGCCCGCCACCCCUUCGCACAGGCAGUGGGCAGGAACAUCGCCAACCCCACUGCCAUGCUGCUCUCUGCUGCCAACAUGCUGCGCCAUCUGAACCUGGAGUUUCACGCUAACAUCAUCUCGGAUGCUGUGAAGAAAGUGAUCAAGGUCGGCAAGGUCCGGACCCGGGACAUGGGCGGUUACUCCACCACCUCGGACUUCAUCAAGUCUGUGAUUGACAACCUGCACCCCCACUACGGGCUCUAGGCCCCCUGGCCGCGCCCAGCCCCGGGACUGCGUGUGUGCACCAGCACCUCUAGCUUCCAGACCCAGUGGACCUCUCACCCUGGCCCCUGCCCUGGUGCCCUGAUGUUUGUCACCUGCUCUGUGGCUGCCAGGGCCAACCUGUUCUCCACAGCAGUCCCCUGGGUGGAGGGGCUUAUCCCCACCAGUGCCCCACGACUUCCACCUCCUUGGCAUCCAGCUGGUGCCUGUUCCAAAACCCUGAGGCCUGCUGAGCCCAGGCCAGGGGGCUGUGGCCUCACCUGGCUGCAGGGUGUGGAGCCCCUGCACCGCUCUGGGCUGGACUGCUGAUAGCAGAGCACUCCCCCUCCUCUGCGGGGCCCAGGCUGUGAUUGGGGCUUAAGUAGGGUCCAAAAAGCAAGUGAGACGUUCCAGGGGGUGGUGGGGGCAGGCUGCCAGAGUCCCAGCUUGGGGAGGCUAUAGCUUCCACAGGUCCUAGUAACCCCAAAACAGCCACGCUCCAGCCUCAGCACAGCAGGGACAGGGCUCUCUAUCCAGCCUGCACCCCCCCCUGCAGAACAGCAUGGAGCAGCAGUAGGGCUGUGACUGGUCUCUCCAGAGCUGGGUCUGGCCUUCAUUCCCCGCGCCGGUGGCCCCUGUUACCUGGCCCUGGGGACUAGGCACUUGUGACAGCACAGCCAAGCCCCCCUUACUCCUCAAGGCCCUGGGCCACGAGGUGUGUGUCCCUGCACCAAAGCUGUGGCAGGGACAGGUCCUGUGCUGCUGGGCCUGUGUAAAAGGGCCAGGCUGCUAGGUAUGGGCAGGAGCCAGUUCGGGCCCCCGCUGGAGCCCUGCUCUGCACCUGGGCUGGGCAAGGGGCCCAGGCUCACUAUACUCCUUCCCAGGGACCGGUAGCAGGCAGGUCUGUCCCCUAUUUAUGAGAGUGCUUUGUACCGUGAUCAUGAAUAAAGAUGCCUACACAGUAAGAUGGAUUGCAAA